GGGAGAAACGUCGCUCAAACGAAAAAGGCCGUCUGUGCGGUUGUCAGUCGCCCUAUAUAUCCUUUCUCUGUGGAGUCUCGACAAAACAGCGCUGUGUUGCUUACGGCUGGUGGAUGGAAGUGGCCGGCCAUUGAUCAGCCCGUCUGACCGCCUGUGGAAAACGGUGGCUGCGGUCAGAUUUGGGGCGUUUGGGUGAAAGUAAACGUGUGUUUGAGCGUGUUCCCUGCGUCGAGAAGAAGGGAGAGGGAGGGGGAGUGAGGGAUAGAGGGAGAGGAGGGUCUUCCACUCAGUCUUUUUAUUUAUUUCUUUGUUUCCAGUUGGGGGGGGAGUGAAAAAUAAUAAUAACAGCCAUCGCUGUUACAGCCGCCGAGCUCACACAGGGACCCUCCAAUGUCGCUCCGCACAGCCGGAGACGGAGACGUGGCCGCUGCUGCGGUAGGCUGUUGAAGAGAAGCCGAAGCAAAGAAGGGAAAACAGGAGGAUGAAGCGGCGCAAUGCGGACUGCAGCAAACUCCGACGGCCGUUGAAACGGAACCGAAUCGCCGAGGGGAUCUACAGCAGUACCUUUCUCUACCUGAAGUUCCUGUUUGUGUGGGCUCUGGUGCUGCUGGCAGACUUUGUGCUGGAGUUCCGGUUUGAGUACCUCUGGCCCUUCUGGCUCUUCAUCAGGAGUGUGUACGACUCCUUCAGAUACCAGGGCCUGGCUUUCUCAGUGUUCUUUGUGUGUGUGGCGUUUACAUCAGAUAUCCUAUGCCUGCUCUUCAUCCCAGUGCAGUGGCUGUUCUUUGCUGCCAGCACGUACGUGUGGGUGCAGUAUGUCUGGCACACAGAAAGAGGUGUGUGUCUCCCCACUGUGUCCCUAUGGAUCCUUUUUGUUUAUAUUGAGGCAGCUAUAAGAUUUAAAGAUCUGAAAGACUUCCAUGUGGAUCUAUGUCGUCCAUUCGCAGCACACUGUAUUGGGUACCCUGUGGUGACGCUGGGCUUUGGCUUUAAGAGCUAUGUGAGCUAUAAGAUGCGUCUGCGGAAGCAGAAGGAGGUACAGAAAGAGAAUGAGUUCUACAUGCAGCUCCUCCAGCAAGCCCUGCCACCAGAACAACAGAUGCUGCAGAAACAGGAGAGAGAAGCAGAAGAAGCAGCAGCCAAAGGCGUCCACGACGCCGACUCCCCUCCCGUAGCUCAGAACGGCUCGGCCGGAGGCAAGAAGCCCGCGUCCAGUACGUUACCGGAGCUGGAGUACCGGGAGAAAGAGCGAGGCAAGGGCGAGAGCCGGGAGUCCAAGAAACAACACAACCAGAACCAGAACCAUCACCACAACAACAGCAGCAGCAGCAGCAUCCUGCCAGUAGUGGACUAUAAAGCUCAGGAGCUGGAGUACAUGGAGAACCACGUUAGCAGUAAGAGACUGAGCGGCUCCGAGCUGCUGGGCAGCACAGAGAAUCUGCUCCUGAAAGAGGACAACUCUUCAUCCUCAUGCUCAUCAUCCUCCUCCAACUCCACCUCCUCAAAAAAUUACAAAAACGCCAGUGGCGGCGGCGGCGGGGCCGGUGGGAACUCUUCGCCCCGAGGGCACGGGACGGCCAACGGCAGCGUUCCCUCCUCCGGCGGAAACUCAGCAUCCUCGUCCUCAGGAAAGGGCGAGAAGAAGAAGUGCGGUGGUGGGAAAGGGGCGGGGUCUCACCGAGAUCCUGUGGAGAACUGCAUCCCCAAUAAUCAGCUCAGCAAACCCGAGGCGUUGGUCAGGCUGGAGCAGGACAUAAAGAAGCUAAAAGCUGACCUGCAGGCGAGCAGGCAGACAGAGCAGGACCUGCGCAGCCAGCUGGGCUCUCUGGGCAGCUCGGAGCGCAGCAUACGCACUGAGCUCAGCCAGCUCCGCCAGGAGAACGAGCUGCUGCAGAACAAGCUUCACAAUGCUGUACAAGCAAAGCAGAAGGAUAAACAGACACUGGGUCAGCUGGAAAAGCGGCUAAAGACAGAACAGGAUGCGCGAGCAGCAGCAGAGAGGCAGCUGGCGGAGGAGAAGAAGCGUAAGAAGCUGGAGGAGGCCACAGCAGCCAGGGCUGUAGCUCUUGCCGCUGCUUCCAGGGGGGAGUGUACAGAGUCUCUGAGGAGGAGGAUCUCUGAACUUGAGACUGAGUGUAAGAAACUCACGCUGGACAUAAAGGUCAAAGAGGACCAGAUCCAUGACCUCGAGCUCAAAGUCCAGGAGCUGCAUAAGUAUAAAGAGAAUGAAAAGGACACAGAGGUGUUGAUGUCAGCCUUGUCAGCGAUGCAGGAUAAAACCCAGCACUUGGAGAACAGUCUGAGUGCAGAGACCAGGAUCAAGCUCGACCUCUUCUCUGCUCUCGGAGACGCUAAGAGACAGCUGGAGAUCGCACAAGGUCAGAUCCUGCAGAAAGACCAGGAGAUAAAAGAUCUGAAACAGAAGAUCGCAGAGGUGAUGGCCGUCAUGCCCAGCAUCGCUUAUUCUGCAGAUACCAGCAACAUGAACCCGGUCGCCCCCCACUACUCCUCCAAGUUUAUGGACACCAGCCCCUCCGGCCUGGACCCCAACGCAUCCGUCUACCAGCCCCUCAAGAAAUGAAUGCUCGCUCCAGCUCACAACUCACUGAUCAUCAAUCUCUCUCUCUCUCUCUCUCUCUCUCUCUCUUUUGCUCUCUCUCUUUUGCUCUCUCUCUCUCUUUCUUAAUCUCUUUUUCUCUCUCUUUUUCUCUCUUUCGCUCUCAGUGUUCAGUUUUUCUCUUCAUAGGCCCAGAUCCGGCCCCUCUUCGGCAUGUCUGAGGCUCAGAAUGUUUUGGGAUUUUUUUUCCUUCUACUGAUACUUUUCACCUGGUCAGAAGGAUGUUGUAUUGUGUGACUGUAUUUGUUGUAGUAAAAAAAAUCAGAACAAAAACAAAAUAACAAAAAAAGACUUUUAAGGGACAUCACCCGUUGAGUAGGAAAUUGCUGUUGUUUUUUGUUUUGUUUUUGUUUUUGUUUUUUUUCUGGUAAAUAUCUAGAAACCUCACAGAUGUUGGCGUGCGUUUUUUUUUUUUUUUUUUUUGCUCCUCUUCCCCCCAAAAUUGUCCCUCUACAUCAUUUUGGCCUUGAAUCUUUAAUUAUUCUAAUAAUUUAAUAUAUAUUUUUUGUAUCUCUCCCUAAAUGAGAGAAAGGGGACUCUGGUCUCGGGUCUACAGCAGAAGGUCCUUCAAGCUGAAAUGCUUUACAGAUUAUUCCUGACUUUAAUUCACUCUUUAAAAAAAAAAAAAAAAAGUUAUUACAGCAUCUAUUAUUGUAAGGUUUCUCCAAACCUCCUUGAAGUUACUGCACGUACAUGAGGCAUCUUUUGGGAUUCCGUGCCAUAUAGUUGACAGAAAAAAAACAGAUUUGGAACAAAUUGGAGCAAAUUUGCACCUUUUUCUGAAAAAUUAAAUUCUUCAUUCUGUUACCUCCCCUCAAAGCACAGCAGCGCCAGUCUAGCCGUUUCGGACUCUUGACAGUCAGUCAUAGAUAACCAGUGCCUUUAGACAGGACCUCAUUGGUGGAAUUGAAUGAAAGGCCUUGUCCCCUUCUUAAGCCUCAAGCCACUUGUCCCCGUUUCGAUCCUAUUCCAACUUAUUGUUUCAGAACGCCAUAAAAGAAUUCCCCUAAAAACAAAACAGAAAAGAUUCAGAACCAUAUAUUGUUAUUGUUACAGCGCACACCUUUUAUUAGUUUGAUUCGGUCUCUUGUUUACAUCUAUUUAUUUUUGACGGACGUUGCACUGUUGAGUCAAACUAUGCUUGAAAUGUAGCUUAGAAGGGAAACUAAAGAAGUACAUUUUGGUGGAUUCUGUGCAAAGUUCCUGUACAUGUGGAAGAAGAGCAUGUGAGACCUGAUUACUCCUGAAAUUCUGUUCUGUUCUAUUGGCCAGUCAAUUCUCUGUAUCUGACAAAUGCUAACAUUUAGUCCAGUGCCAAGUAGCUAGGCCUAUUUUUUUUUUUUUUUUUUUUUUUUUAAUUGUCCAGAUUUGGAUGACUAGGACUACGAGCUGCAGCCCUGCUAGCUUGUGUCGGAAACGGCCGACGUAAAAAACGUUGAAUCGUAUUUUCUAGUUCAGUGUCUUGGUAGCUGAAAGUUGUUCGAUGUUGCCACACGGUGGCGCCAUUGUGCAUAGGAAAAGUAUUGGGACUCUUUUGUGUUCUCAGUAUUGCAGAGUUCACUUCAUGCAUAAGAACAGAGUGUUUAAGAAAAUAAUGUCUCAACCAGAGCCGACAGUCAGCCAUCUUUCCCAGACCAGCACGGCUCCCCACACGGUGCUCGGUUAUUGUCCACGAGGUAUGUAUUUGUCGUUGUUAAAUAUGAAGCAGUUACUGGUAUAUACUGUCUUUCAAUGUUAGUAACUAUUGCAACAUUUUAAGGUGGAAACAAAUAUUUAAAAAAAUAGUAAUAACUUAUUGCCCACACUUCUGUGCAACAAAUUACGACCAUAGUAAUUGCUCAGUUAGCUGAAGCAGUGUAUUUAGUAGAAAAUAACUAGAAUGUGGAAAACCUCAAGGAGUUCAUUUAUUAAUAUUUUCCAUCAAAAUCAGUUGUAUUCUUUCACAAAGCUGAUGUUGUCCUACAUAAUUUGCUUUCCACCUUUAUUGCUGGAGCAGUUAUAUCCUGGCCUCAUUCUAUUCUAACUUUCAGGUCCACCUUAAACUAUGCAUUAGUUAUGUUCUGGCCCUUUUAGAUCAUCCCAGAUAUCAGUUGCAGUUCAAAGGGUGCGUAGUUAUAUUUUGGCCUCAUUAAAUCAUUAAAUUUAAGGAACAGUUUUAUCCUUUCCCCCUGAAUUAUCCAAGUAAUCAGUUCCACCUUAAAAGUUUUAUAAUUUCAUGCUUCACCUGAAACAGUGUAGCAUUUAUAUUCUUUAAGGCUUAAGUAGUUCAGGUUUUGUUCCACCUUAAGUGGUACAGAAGUUUAAAUUGUGCAAUUCUUAAGAGGAUCAGAUUAUUAAGUUCCACCUUAAGUGAUUCAGUACUCAUCCUACCUCCAUUUAAUCUAUAUUCUAAUGUUUAGUUUCAUCUUAAGUGGUGUAUCGUUUAGUACUGCCACUUUAAAAUAUUGAUUUUAAAGGUGCAUGAGUUAUAAUCUGAAGUCUUAAGUUGUUAUUAUUAUUAACUUUUGUUUCCACCUUAAGUGACGUACAAGUUAUUUUUUGCCAACCUUAAAUUACUCCACAUUCCCCAAAAAGUUCCACCUUACGUGGUGCAACAGUUUUGUUGUAGUUUUCUAGUCAUAAUACACCCACUAAGUGGAAGUUGACUUCUUAGUCUUGAAAAAUUAUUUUUUGAAUUUUCAGUUCCACCUUAAAUGGUACAACACUUUAGUCUCUUCAGGACUACAGGCUUUAGCUCCAGUUGUAAUCCAGCCACAAGAGCCUCUUAUUCUUUAUAUGCUAUUUAAGGUGGACUGGAAAUUUUGUUUUUGUCUGGAUCUCUCACCAGUUUUAGGCUGAGGUUUAAUAUGGAUGCGAAGCUGAAACUUGCAGAACAUGGCUCUUUAAAUGUUCUGCAGUUCUGCAGACUUAUCAGGAACAUUUGAUAGAACCACAAUCUCUCAAAAGCUGCUCGAUGAGUUCAGACCCCCAACCAGUUGCGCUGCAGGUGCUGGAGUGGUUUCACUGGUGUUCCUGGAGAAGGGUGGUUGCUGCUCGGCUCUGGGUGGGACGAGGUUCUCGCCCAUCGUUGGUAUUACUGUUUCAGUGCUCUGAGAUCGGAUUAGCCCGAGUGAGUCCUCCGUGGUGUUGUGUAGUGAUCAGCUGUGGUUUUGAGUGUGUGUGUGUGUGUGUGCGGGUGUGUGUUUAAGUUAUGGUGCGAGGGAGACCCCUUAAAGACGGCAGUGUUUGGUCCCCAAAGUGUUCCUGAGAACGGUGAUGUCACGGCGCGGGCGUGGGAGGUUCUGGUGGAUCAGAGGUUAGGAAGCUGAAGGAAGAUGGCACUCGUUUGUGUUCUUUGCCCGACGUCACUCUCCCUCUUCUGUUCUUCUCUCUUCAGACCGUGGCUGCAUUCUCACUCUGUGAGGUUUUUCGAGGAAUAAAACGUUUUUUCUGGCA